AUGCCAGGAGGAAUACAACAAGCCUCACAACUUUAUGGAACUCUCAAGGCAGAAUUUACCUCGGCUUCACCCGACCUGAAUAAAUGUGGUUCUUAUCUAGCAAAGCUCAAGAUUGCUCUGUCAGAAAUGCAACUUUUGCUUCCUGGAGAAGUUACUAAUGCGGACGAGCUUCUUAUUGCACGUGAAAUCUUGGAAAUUGGAGCUUAUUGGAGUGUUCACGUUAAGGAUAUACCAUCCUUUGAGCGAUACAUAGCUCAAUUGAAUACAUAUUAUACCGACUACAGCUCGCUGCUCAAACCUUCAGAACAAAUGUAUCCUCUAACUGGAUUGAAUCUUCUUCGUUUGCUUUCCCAAAACCGUAUUGCUGAAUUUCAUACUGCUUUGGAAAAUAUUGAACCAGAACAACUUUUAGAAAAUCCUUUUAUCAAACAUCCAGUACAUUUGGAACAAUAUCUCAUGGAGGGAAGUUAUAAAAAAGUGUGGAAUUCUAGAGAACAAGUACCUGCGCCCGAGAAUGAGAUCGCGAGUUGUAGUGAGAAAGCAUAUUCAAGCUUGCCUUUGGUCGAUGCCGCAACAUUACUGUUCUUUAAUAAUCUCAACGAUGUUAUGAAGUUUGCCGUUGAGCGUGGGUGGAAUGUAAAUCCAGCAGAACAGAAAAUAUAUUUCACGACGAAGGAUGAUAAUCAUGUUGAGAUACCACAUGCUAAUAUUACUAGACAAGCACUUUAUUAUGCGCGUGAACUGGAACAAAUUGUGUGA